AUCGAAAAGCGUGAAGAUCUAUGCUGUACCAAGAGGAACGACCCUCUUAAAUGUGUUUCCCAAAAAUUUGAAAGUGAACGGAUGGACCGAUUACGAUAACAUUUUGUAAGUGAAAUUUGUAGAUCGGAGUUCGUGAAUUGACAAUGCAGGCCAAAAAAUUAGAAAGGCUCUUUUGACAUCUCUCCGUUAGUUACGAACCGAAUUGCAUGAAAUUUUGAAUGUAGGCACCUCUAGUAAAAAGAACAACUAAUGCCGAAUCAAAACAUGUAUUUUGCGCUUGCGCAAUCCGAUUUUUGAAUUGUGAAGAUAUGUAAAUGAAAUCCAUUGAAUCCAGGUUUUUUUAUUUUUAUUUUUUCUGAGCAUAAACUCGUCUUUAGAUGUAUCGUUAUUACUCAUGAUUCACGAUGAUACGAAGUACAUGUGAACAUCACAUCCUUUUAUCACGUACCGUAAUUAUCACGAUUCAUAAAAGACGUGUGAACGGAGCUUAAUGCUAACUCCCUAUUUUUUUUUAAUUUUUCCCAUACCGAUAUCUCGAACGUUGAAGGGUUUAACUAUGACUAUUUAUAGUAUUAAUAUAAGUUGUUGGUUCUUCAUCGUCGAUGGCGCAGUAAACGUUAACAAUGAACGAUAACUGCUUAAAUUCUAACUGAGGCUAGGUAGAUUCCUGAUGCGGUAAAAAUUAUGAUGAGUUUCUGUUUUAUGUGAGCCUGUAGUUAAAUGCUAUGAUUACGAACCAUGAAACUUGUCUUUGACGGGUGAUGUUACUAUAUAAAUCGAAGCAAAGAGCCACACCUGCUGCAGCACCUAAUUUGUCCUCCAAGUUGUUCAAAAAGAUUGAUCUCAUGAGGGGACAUUGAAUCUUAUUUUUCUUAUGGCCUUAAAACUCACUAGAUCGUUUAGCGACGCUUUUGAAAUGCAACUGCUAAUAAGUAUAUGAUGCCCUACAAUACUUCUACAGUUUUUCUUUAGAUUUUUUUAAGAUUAUAAACGGUAAAAAAACAGUGACUUGAUACCCUAUAUUUAGGAGGUGGUUAUAUCCAACGUUUUAACUUUCAAUUGCAUUGACCCAGUAGUUACUUUGGCUUUUCAUAAUCUCAAUAAAUACGGAAUGCGAGUCAUUAUCUUUAGAAGGAGAUCACAAAGCUUAAUCUCAUCCUGAAAAAAGCGUGGCUAUUCCUUACGACCAUCAGAGAUUAGAUUCCAGAGAACUCGACAGUGAUUCUUCAACUGGAACGGUAAUUUUGUACAGGAUCGGUAUCCACAACUCUUCAUAGCAGUCACUUGUACUACCAAGAGAGAAUACAAGCUUACUAGUUAAAAUUCGCCGGAAUGCAUAGUGUAUGGUGGGGAUAGCAGGUCAAAAUAACAUACUUCUUCCACAUGGCCAAGAGCCAGGAAACGAAUGCAUCUCCACCACCAAAUUUUUUAUGGAAGCUCAUACGCGCAAAUUGCGAUGAAACGAUGACAAUGUAUUUAAAACAGCAACUCAUUUUAUCUAUGCUCUUAGAAUACAUGAUUAUUGAUUAGUGGCCGUCAUUUUCUUCUUCACUUAUCAUUGUACCGUAGAAGAGAAACUAUGAUCUUAUAAUCAUUAUCAUUUCAGCGCAGAACUCUUAGUUUAAGUUGUAAUUGCAUGAAGCAUUUCAUCUACCAUCUAACAUAUUAAUGAACGCACAUGGAAUAGUAAUUGCAUGUUGAAAGAUACUGGUAUGCCCAUCUUCUCACUAAGCUCGCAAACUUUCGCAUUACUGGCUUCGGUAGAUUGUGGAUGGUAGAUAUUUUUUGUUUAACUCGAUCGCUCGUUUAUUUGCAACUUAUGUUUUUAAACUUCCUUAUUAUUGCUUGUCUCCUUUUAACGCUAAAGUAUUUAUAAUCAUUUAUUUACAUACUAGCGAUUAUUGGUGGAAAAGUUCUGUGCAGAGAGAUGGGAGCGACCGAGUGAAACAACAAAUUUUUGUACGUGUGGUGUUUUCAAAAAGCUUCGUUUACUUCAACUGGUUGUGACGUAAACGAGGUGCUAAUUAGGCGUAAGGCAUUUUUAUUUUGUUUUCUUUAUCCCUAUUUCCCCAACUGAGAACAAUGAUAAUUUCAGAGCGAGGUUCACAAGACGCUUCCGGUACCCGACCUUUUGGAGAACCUCUAUGUUUGCUAUCGGUAACUGAACAAGAAAAUGGUCGCGAUAAACUCCCAACACCCCCUUCACCUUCACCAUCUAAAGGAAAAAAUAGCUUAAAGAAAGGAACUAAAUAUAAAAAGUAAAAUUCAUUUCGACAAGUGACUUAGUUUUAUUUACGUAAAGACUAUUAAUUGUAAAGACAUUUAGGUAUACUCAAUUUUCCUGUACGUACUUCGAUUAAAAGUGUUUCUUUUUAUCUACAUAAACCGCGACAAAAAAGGUCUUUUCGUAUUGCGCGCUUGAUAAAAAGGCAACGCGUAAGUGAUAUUGGUUUGAAACUAAGGUUUGGCGGCGUGUAGCUUCAAUAACUAAAAUUGUAGUGAUGAGAUCCCCCAGAAUUUUGAAACUCCCAUAACACUCUUCCUUUUACUUUGUUUACACUUUCGUAUGUCUUUCCAACUUUGCUAAGUUUACACGCGUGGUAGUGCUUAGAAAGAAAGUUGCUAAUCGAUUUAUUUUUGAUAUAAAUCGAUCCGUAGUCCUUCAAGAAAUUCUAAUCGUGUAAACCUAGUAAAAUUGUCUUGUUUUAUCAGGAACAAGCAUGCGGACUUCUCCCACUGCUGUGACGUUUUCCCUUGAAAAUGGGACGAAAUCUUUCGCUCCCCACUCCCCACGUCGGCAGAAGCUAAACCUGCGCAUGAAAAGCCUCUCCCUGGACUCGCCAGAAAGCACAGAGCACGUGCAGAGGAGGAGACACCAUGGCACUGCGACAACUAGUGAGCCCCACUCCAAAGAAAGCUCUUCUUCCAGAAUUCAGUUUCCAGCUCGUUCAAGACCUCCAUACAACUCAAUUGCACGGGGUUCUGUUAAAGCACGAUCAACUCCAUCUAGCCCAGUUCACAAUCGUCGAUUACUCUCCGCCAAGAAUAUAAGAAUGUCAUCGGUUGAGCUUCCAGACGACAACGACAAGAGCCCGUCUUCGGCGAGCACGUCGCCGUGCCCCAGUCCCGUUGGUGUGAAGAAAACGCAUCGUUUGUUACCGACGAACCUCUACGUAGUCCUUUAUAAUUUUAAGUCGCGCCACCAAGACGAGUUGGAUCUCAAGGCGGGUGAUAAGGUGACUGUGAUAGAUUUUGCGGAUCCAGAUUGGUGGAAAGGCAAAUGUUUGGGAAGGGUUGGUUAUUUUCCAUCGAAGUAUUGCUCCAAGUUGGCGGCGGGAGAAAAAGCGCUGCAGGUUACACACAAUUUGCAACUGUCGGAUGGGGAAAAUGGAUUAAUGUUGCUGAGGGACCAAAUAGUAAUUCAAAUAGGUGAGGAAAUCGAUGGAAUGGUGAUGAUCCGUUCUGGUGAUAAUCGUCAAGGAGUUUGUCCUGUCAAGUUUCUGCAGGAGGUGUGACGACGUACCGAAGUUGGUUGUCAAGUAAAUCAAGCGUGUACUUGUGUGAAAUCAAGCACGAAGCCCUUACAAUCAACCUUAAAUAAAAUUUACUACCAUUAUUCCAAGAACUCAUCGCAGAAGAACAAUACAACGACGUGGUACACGUUUGGAAAUAGAAAAAAUUUAAACAACGGGAAAUUUG